UGCUCUUCACUAGAUCUACUAGAUCAUCUGAGGGAUUCGACUGAAUCAAGAUGCUGCUGAUCAUUGAAGCUCUUCUUCUCAUUUUAGCUGCUCUAGGACAGGAUCACAGAACAGCUGUUGACGGACAUAUAUUUCCACUGGAUAUGGCACCGAAUUCAGUUGAUGACCAAUAUGAUGGAUGCACCAGGAAAAUGGCACAUCUGGUGGAAACAAUAUAUCUGAAGAAGGAACUCAAUAUCUCUAGAUCAAAUUUUAAAGUAGCUUGGCAAGAGGGUGAAACAAACUUUAAGAAGCCAGAAAAUAACUUGACAAGGAAUCAUUCAAUCGCCAUUUAUGUGUACACUGGUGAUAAAGUAUUUCGUGAUUUCAAUAAUGACACUCGUUAUGGUAAACAAAACUACACAAAUGAGACAUAUAAAUGGUAUUCACUUAAUUUUCUUUUAACAGAUGCAAUACAGAUUCUGAAGAGAACACAAAAUAGAUGCUAUGAUACUUAUCGUGGUACAAAAUGUAAGUGUUCUCUUAAUGUUCUCAGCAAUAAGGUUCGUUUUGGCUCGUUUACAUCUUCCACCUAUAAUCAAAACAGAGCAAAGUUUUUUGGAAAUGUAUCUUGUUUUGAAAUCCACACGUGUGAAGGUGCUAAUAUUACUAAAUAUUCUAAGCUUUCUCGUGAGCAAGAAGUGUUGAUUCCUCCAUAUGAGGUGUUUAAUGUCACUGCUGUCAAAAACAGGACAGAUCAGCCUGAUCUUUGGUGUGAAACUGUGUACACUUUGAAAAGCUCUGGAAAUAUAAGUGACCUGAACUGUGCUCUAUUCAAGAAACCAACCGAGACCAUACAAAAGUAUUAUGUUUUGCUCUGA